UUAAUUGAUGACUGGGUUAUGAUUUAAUGGCUGCUUCUGCAAAUGUUCUUUCGUCAUCUGGUCAAGAUAUAAGUAAUGGAAUAUUUCAAUUGUUGAAACCUGCUGUAGAACAAGUUGACACUCAGGUUCAAAAAGUCAGAGAAAGCCAAUUGGAAUUGCGACAGCAAAUAGAAGCAGUAACAAACGAAUUGCAAAAGAUCAGCGAAGAACAUCAAGUUAAUAUUGAUCUUGAGCCUUAUGUACAACGCCUCAUCAGCACAAAAAGAAGAGUUGUUCUCAUAAGUAAUAUCGUUCAGAACGUUCAGGAAAGACUAAUUAAACUUCACAAGAACGCAGAAAAAGAAGUAAUUCGUCACAAAGCCCAUUCUGAAACGCAAAAAGCAUUGUUAGAUCUCAAUAUUCAGAGUCAAAGCACCUCAACUCAAUCAAAUCAACCAUCAACAUCAGCUGAAUCGAAAUAAUAAAACAGUUGAAUACAUAAUGCCCAAGAAAAGAAAA